UAAAGAUGCUGUUUUUUUAAAGAAGAAAGUAAAGACACAAAGAUUGAAGCAUUCUUGGUCAAAUGUGAAGAUACUGAAGAACAAACCAAGAUGAAGUUUAUUAAAGAGGAGAGUAAAAACAUAAAGAUUGAAGAAACAUUCAGAGUCAAACAUGAAAAUACUGAGGAAAAAACAAAGAUGGAGUUUAUCAAAGAGGAGAGAAAAGACAUAAAGACUGAAGAAACAUUCAGAGUCAAACAUGAAGAUACUGAGGAACAAACAAAGAUGGAGUUUAUUAAAGAGGAGAGAAAAGACAUAAAGAUUGAAGAAACAUUCAGAGUCAAACAUGAAGAUACUGAGGAACAAACAAAGAUGGAGUUUAUUAAAGAGGAGAGUAAAGACAUAAAGAUUGAAGAAACAUUUAGAGUCAAACAUGAAGAUACUGAGACACGAACAGACCUGAUGACACUGAAAGAGAAGAGUCAAGAAUUCAGUAAAAAGGAAGAUAAUGUUCACCUUGAGAAAUAUGGUUCAAUGACUGGAGAAAAAUCAUUUAGCUGCUCACAUACUGAAAAGAAUUCACGAAAAAAAGCUCAAAAGACAGCAAACAGAAGUUACUUCCCAUGCCAACAGUGUGGGAAAAGUUUCAACAAAAAGGGAAAUUUUGAAGUCCACAUGAGAGUUCACACUGGAGAAAUGCCUUACACCAACAAACUGUGUAGAAAGAGUUUCAUUCGAAGAGCAAACUUUAAAAAUCAUGUGAGAGGUCACACUGAAGAGAAACCUUUUGUCUGCCAACAAUGUGGAAAAAGAUUUACUGAAAUAGGGUACCUUAAUCUUCACAUGAAAAUUCACACUGGAGAGAAGCCUUUCACCUGCCAACAAUGUGGAAAGAGCUUUGUUCGAAAAUAUAAUCUUAAAAACCACAUCAGAGUUCACAGUGGAGAGAAGCCUUACACCUGCCAGCAGUGUGGAAAAAGUUUUACACAUAAACAACAACUUGAUGGCCACAUAAGAAUUCAUACCGGAGAGAAGCCUUUUACCUGCCAACAAUGUGGAAGGAGAUUUGCUCAAAAAGGAAACCUUAGAGACCACAUGAGAAUUCAUACUGGAGAGAAACCUUACACAUGCCAGCAGUGUGGAAAAAGUUUCAGUAAAAGUGGAACCCUUCAGAGGCACAUUAGAAUUCACACUGGGGAGAAACCUUACACCUGCAAACAGUGUGGAAAGAGCUUCAUUAGAAAAUCAAACCAUAAACACCACAUGAUAAUUCAUACUGGAGAGAAACCUUUUAUCUGCCAACAAUGUGGAAAGAGAUUCGCUCGUAAAGGAAACCUUACAGACCACAUGAGAAUCCAUACUGGAGAGAAACCUUUCACUUGCCAGUGUGGAAAGAGAUUCACUCAAAGAGGAAACUUUAGAAAACACAUGAAAGUUCACACUGGAGAGAAGCAGUUUACAUGUGAUCAGAGUUUCGGAUGUGAAGUAGCACCAGUGUGAUUGCUCUUACUGGUAGCAAUAUCCUUGCCUGUGAAAUCCUUUUUUUUUUUGAUGACAAUGAUGACUGUUAAUCAUGGUUACAAAAAUGCAAAAUGACAGUUAAAGGCAGUUCAUCACUGAAUUCAUAAGACAUGAGACCACCGAGCCAUAAACUAAUCCACUGCUCUAAAUCCCGGUUUAGUGAGGAAA